AUGGAGAUGAACAACAAGAUAUCACCAUCAGAAGAGGCCCCGGAGAGGCAGCCUCCUCCUCCUCCACCGCCCCGGAACACUCUGACCACCAUCAUGAUAGGCUUCCUGAUGGUCUUCUCCAUCUUCAGCGUCGGCAGGGAGAUCAGGGACCAACUGUACCCGCGUCCCAACAUCAACAGCCGGACAGUGACAAAGCGGGAGUUGACCUCGUGGGACCAGGCCCUCGACUCCAUCGUCUCCGCAGAGACGAUCGACGCGCUGGGCAGCGACCCCAAGCUGCGACGGACACUGAUGUCCAUGGUAGACUUCACCGUCGACCUGUCGGAUACCCUCGCGGCCCGGUAUGAGUCGCCCCAGCUCGACGAGACGAAGCAGCUCCUGCAGGACUACAAGGAGAAGGUCAAGAGAAGCCUCGAGGGCUUGGGCGAGGCGGUCGACGAGACAGCAACAGAGGACUCGAGAUCGGUCAAGAGACAAUUUGGCGGCCUUGGUGACCUCUUCAGCUCGGCGGCCAACGCGUUAACCGGCGGGGCGACAGCACAAGCGAAUGGUGCUGCUGGUGCCGCUGACGGAGGUGGUGCAGCUCCUGCUGCCCCUGGACUGCCUGGACUCCCAGGUCUCCCGGGAGCUCCUGCUCCUGGAGGAGGUGCAGGAGGUGGAGGAGGUGGGCUUCCUGGUCUGCCCGGGCUCCCAGGACUCCCGGGAGCAGGUGGUGGUGGUGGUGGUGCCGGAGGCGGCGACGUCGGCGGCAUCCUCGCUCCUCUCCUCCAGCCCCUGAAAGACGGCCUCUCCAACAUUGGCAACUCCCUCGUCAAGAACCUCGACGGCCCCGCCAUGUUCCUCGGCAUCGGCGUCGGCGCCGGCGCAGCCCAGGGCCUCAACCUCUCCUCGCAGGAGAAGACGAUGGCCAUAGCCGCCAAGGUCGCCGCGGACAACAAAAUGGAGGCCACCGGCCUCAACCCGGCCAUUCAGAACCUCGGCGUCGGGCUCACCUCUACGCUCAUCGGCUCCGUCGACAUCUCCAGCCUCGGCGGCAACGUGACGAACCAGCUACAGCCCAUCGCCAUGUCCCUCGCGCAGGGCCUCGGCAACGGCACCGUCGCGGGCCUCAAGCUCAACGCCAACGCGGCCGUCAGCCUCGAGCCCGUCAACGACUCCAGCAUCCCCAACGUCAUCGGCACCUUCGGCUUCGGGCUGACAAAGUCCGUCACCUCCAACCUCGACCUCAACUCGCUCUUCAACCAGGCCAGCAACCCCAACACCACGCGGACCAUCAUGCGCAUCCUCCCCGCGGCGGCGUCCGGCUUCGGUAAAGGCCUCGGCCAGGGCGCGACCGUCGGGUUGGGGCUGCAGCCCGACGCGGCGAUCCCGAUGCAGCAGAUGCCCGACGGGCAGAUCGACUUUGGCGGCAUCUCGCAGACCUUCGCCAAGGGGCUGACGAGCAGCUUCCUGCAGAACGGCACGGCGACGGAGCUGGUGAACAAGCUCGGCUCGUCGAUGAACAUGCAGAAGAACGGCGGCGGCAUCCCCUCCACGAUUGACUUCAACGGGCAAAAGAUUGAAGUGUCCAAGGUCGCGCAGGGCUUCGCGCGCGGCUUCCUCCAGGGGGCAGGCGACGCGAUCCAGGGGAUGGGCGGCGUGGACUCCCUCAUCAAGGGCAACGCGACGAUGCCGGCUAACGGACUGCCUGACUCCAAGGUCCAGUUCGACGACUCUCUGGGUGGAGCGGCCAGCGGGUUUGGUGUUGGUAUCGGUGGACAGGGUAUUCUUGUCGUCUCUGCCCUCAUCGCGAACCCGCAAGGCACGCCGAUGCCUCAAGCGUCGACACCGGCGCAAGGAGGAGCGCCGGCACCCGCAGCGCCAGCAGCGACGCCGAGUAACCCUCCCCAGCGCCGUGGACUCGGUCUCGUCCCGCGCCAGGACAGCCAGAACGUGCCCCCCGUGGUGUCCGUCAACACGACGAACGGCUUCAACCUCUCCGUGGUGAUCAACGCGCAAACAAUCUCCAUGGCGGCGCAGGCAGGCGUGAAUGCCUUGACGUGUCAAGGUAUCGGCGGUCUGGGGCUCGUCUUCCUGGGUCUGUUGAAGAGCAAGACUGUGGCAUUGGACCAGUUCAACAAUAACGGAAACGUGACAAAGGUUCUGAAGCAGGCCAUCCCGACGGGCAUCAUCAAAAUUGCGAACGAUGGCAACUUCUACGCCAUCGACGGCGGCAUCGUCCGGGACUCUUUGGGCAACAACAUCAUUGGCGCUGCGAGUGGCGUGGAGAUUAACGGGAUGAAACUCCCAGGAUGGAUUGCUUUCCUCGUUCUUCACAUCCUCUUCGCCAUCGUUGCCUACAUCAACGUCCUUCCCCUCGCCAUCGGACUCGAACACGCGCGCAAUCUUCUCAUCCGCAUCAACGUUCCACAUAUCCUCCCCAAUGUGCAUAGGUGGAACAACAUCAUGUGGCUGUUCAUCAUUGCGCCAUCGACGAUUGUCGUCCUCAUCUUCGGUGUCCUGAUCUUUGGCCAGUCGGGCCACUUCCGCACUGCCCACGGAAUCAUCAGCCUCCUCACAACCCUCGUCGGAAUCGGCGCAUUCCUCCUCCACCUCGCCAUCAAAGCCCGCGCGCCUCCUCCCCUCCCCAACGCUCGCACCCCACCAAUCCCCCUGACCGCCCUCCCAAACAUCAGAGUCUACGUCAACCAGCUCUUCCUCAUCCUCUCCUUCGCCUCCGUCAUCAGCGGCUUCGCAGACCUGUCCUCCGUGGCGCUCUGCUUCACGCAAGUCGUCCCCUUCGACCUGGCCCUCAUGCUCGGCUUCGGCCUGUCGACCGUCUUCGUCCUCGGGUCCUCCAUCUCCGGGCUCGACAUCGCGCUGACAUUCCGCGACUUCCUCAAGCGCCGCAAGGGCGAGAAAGAUAUCGGCGCCAUUGAGGGCGGCAAGGGCGUGAUGAACGGCAAGAUCUCACAGCCAGUGGUCCGCGAAGAGAAGCUCAAGGGGAAGAGUUUUGCAUGA